GUAACUCUUCCAUUUGGGUUUUGUCUUCUAUUAGAAAUUUAUGGAACUUCAAAAGAAACGUCUCGAAUUGAAAGCUCAAGCUAGCAGGAUGGAGAAGAGAAAAAGUCUACGGAAAAGUUAAUCGUUAUUUUAAAUACAUUUAUAUGGGAAUUGGCAUAUUUUGGAAUGUGGAUAUUUUUCAAAUAUAAUGCAACAAACAGAGCCCAUUAAGGAAGCCAUGCCACCAGACAAUCGUGAGAUGUGACUUCCCAGGAUUUGUAAUAUUCUGUUUGCUCGUUUUCUUUAUUUAAAGGGAUACCCCAGGCAGCUUACUGUAGUGGUUAUGGUGACUGGAACUUGCCUUCUUACAUGGGGUCCAGUGUGUGCCGCUGCCUACCUGCUCUACCAAAACGGCAGAGCAGUAACUUCUGUCAACUGCCCUGAGCUAAGCCCAGCGAUAGAUCAGUGCAACUGAUUGCACUCAGCCAAAUAGCGAAACACCUAGUGGAGUGGAGAAGGUGGUCGCCAAGUAUAACGUUUCAUUCCUUUUAUUGUGGGGGGGGGGGAGACAGUACAGCCAUAGUGGUUGUGGUGUCUGGGCCUUUUACAGAUGUGUUUGUGGGGUUUGAAAUAUCAAAUUAAAUGUAGAAAUUCGCACCACUGUGUUUGGCUCAAUCAUAGAACAGAGUGCCUCCAUCUUGACUCCCUGCCAUUCACUGUUAUAAGUUCUGUCCUGUCUACGUUGAGGUGGAGAGGCAAUGUUUUGGCUGUGCCUGGACUGAAGUGGAAAUCUGUAAUAUAAAUAUAGAAGGAAAUAAUCGUUAAAACUAUUUUAAAUGUUUUAUUUAUUGAUGUAAUUUCCAAUAAAUUGAUGGCCGCCCUUUAAAAUAUAAAAAAAUUUCUUUGAAAAGUUUAAUAUGUAAUGGGUUGGAAUAAUCAGAUUGAGGUAAAAAGAAAAAUACAAUGUGUGUUGUAGGCCUUCAAAAUGUAUAAUUCAUUAGCCAGUUUUCACAAUGAAAUCGAUUUGUUGUCUAUAAAGAAACACUUUGGAACACUGAUCUGGAGUGCACCCCUUCUCCUAAUAAAAACUGAUUUACUUAGUACACUUUUUAAUUCAGCCGUAUCACCUUUUCCCUCUUGAAGGGGUGAGCACUGGUGGGAUUAUCCCCCCUUUUUUUUUUUUUUUUGCUUCUCAUUUUAUUUAAAGGGGGUAAUAUAAGCUUCUAAUCACUUAUGAUCAGUGAAGUGGUUUUGGUAUUUAGUGCAGUAUCACAGCUCAAUCUCUUCACAUUUAAGAGUUAAACCCACCCAAACCACACCUCCCCUGGCAGUGACUCUACCUACUUCUUUCAGUGACAGUGUGUCUUUACGUUAGGAGUUCUAAGCUCCUGUUAAAGGGCCACUCUUUGGAUGAUUCCCAAGGUGCCGUCUUACCAAAAUUCUGUCCCUGAGUGCCCAUCCCUCUGCCUCGACUGCUCUGCUAUUGGGAAAACAUUGGAUUGGUGACCAGUAAUAGGUUGAGAGGGCCAGCUGAGGCUCUCAGCUUAUUACUGGCUGCUAUUUGCCAUAGUGCUUGACACAUAAAUCAGCAGUAUAUUGCGCAAUAAAGUAUUCCUCCAGAUCCUGCUGUUUGCAAUCCGUAAGCAGUGAAGAUAUUCAGCACGUAUUUCACAGCCACCUACAUAGGUGCUUUAACUUAUUGUGAUAUGCUAUUUGAACAGCAAAUAGAGUUGCUGGUCUCAUUAGACUUAUCGUGCUGUAUAGCAGGGAUUUCAAAAAUGUGUGCAAUUUGUUUUUUGGGUGAAUUUAUUUCUGGUGCAGAUUAAGUUCCCCUUUAAGUUAGACUGUUGGUGGUUUAGUUAUGGCUAGUGAGGUGCAAAACUUGGCCUGUUCUUCUCUUUUGUUUGCUAUGUUACCCUCCUCAAUGUUAUGUUCAGUAACCUUUUGAUGGAAUAGAUUUUUAUAUACAAAGAACGGUGUUCUAAUGGUCUUUAACGUUCAUGCUGCCCAGAAUGCAAUUUUCAUGCAGUGCAUUGGGGAGAUGCUACACAUAUAAGAAGGGCCUCCAUGCAGUGCAUUGGGGAGAUGCUACACAUAUAGGAAGGGCCUCCAUGCAGUGCAUUUGGGGAGAUGCUACACAUAUAAGAAGGGCCUCCAUGCAGUGCAUUGGGGAGAUUCUACACAUAUAGGGAGGGCCUCCAUGCAGUGCAUUGGGGAGAUUCUACACCUAUCGGAAGGGCCUCCAUGCAAUGCAUUGGGGAGAUGCUACACAUAUAAGAAGGGCCUCCAUGCAGUGCAUUGGGGAGAUUCUACACAUAUAGGGAGGGCCUCCAUGCAGUGCAUUGGGGAGAUUCUACACCUAUCGGAAGGGCCUCCAUGCAGUGCAUUGUGGAGAUUCUAUACCUAUCGGAAGGGCCUCCAUGCAGUGCAUUGUGGAGAUUCUACACCUAUCGGAAGGGCCUCCUGUGCAGUGCAUUGUGGAGAUUCUACACAUAUCGGAGGGGUGCUUGUUGGUAUGGACUGACAAUCUAGUGUGUUAAUGUAGGCUUUCAUUUAUUUUAUAGGGAAACAUAAAGAGAAGACAACCGGAAAUCAAGAGAUGAAUAACAGGUAUUUACUGAUUUUAUCAAUAUAAUAUCACACUCCCUUCUGUGAGCGUUUCCAUGCUGUUGGGUGCUUGGUGUUUAUAUUUCCUAUCUUUUAAUAUAAGGAACAUAGCAUCCCCUCCAUUGGUGCUUUAAAGAUUAUCCGUUGUUUGAUGCCAUUAAUAAGGUCUCUUUUUUUUUUUUUCUUUUCAGCCCAGCUCCUGCAAAGAAUUCUGCGUUAGAUACUCUCCAGCCAUACUUUGAGGCAAGUGAUCGAUUUGAACCUCCAGUCUGCAUCAAAAUCAUUAAGAAGGUGAGUACUCCCUUUUUCUGGAAAUUCGUUUGAGUUGCUAAUCAAGACAGUAUUUCUUGGUAAAACAUCCUCUCUGUGAUAAACUGCUCUGCCCUGCUUACUCUAUCACACUGUGGCAAAACUAGCCAUUUAAGACUGUAUUUUUAUGUAUGUGUUACUAUCCCUUUAAAGACUGUAAGAACCAAGUGAAUACCUGUAUAGGCAUAUUAUACGAACGAGAGCAUUCGUAUGCUGGCAGCAAGAAAGCCACCAGCAUUCAUACAGUAGUUUCAUAAACAGUGAAUUUCAACCCUGUUCGUGAAACGAAUUAACUACUGAAUGGGAGACCACACACAGGAGGUUGUGUGGCUCCCAUUAAAUAUUGCAACAAUGUUUCAUUCAGUAAUUAUCGAGAUUCAUGGUGGCCGGCGGUCGGCCAUCUUGGAUUCUUUGUUAGCCCAGCGGUAUUUGGUCGUCGAGCGCCUGGAACUAAAAUCGGCUACUCGACGGCACGAAUACCGCUGGACUUCCAGGCUGUUCGGGAGCACCGGUCAUUCAGUAGUUUGUUCCCCUAUUGACAAUCGGUACUUUGGAUACAAAUGUAAAAUAAUAUGUGAUUCGUGCGGCGUUAGUUUUGCUGGGAUCUGAGCGGUACUUGCACGAAAUGUGUGCUCAGACCCCAGAACGUUCAUUCGUUAAAAUAAGGUGAAUAAUGCAAAAGUUAUACAUUUUUAUGUGAAAUGUCGGUUCUGCUGCACGGAGGUAUAAUCCACUUAACUGGAUAUUCUAGUGGGAGUAUCCCUCUCAUACAGCAGUGCAUGAUGGGAGAAAUGUCCAGGUUGUUAAGUUCCCCAUGUAGUCCCCUACUGUACAACCCCUGUAAUGUCAGUAGGGAAACCCCUUCCAUGGGGAAUCCCAUAAAUACUGUGACCUGAGAUUAAAACCUCAGUUGACUCCCAGCCUAUGUGUCGUCUAAUUCUUGGGAAGGAAGGAUUCUUAUAACGCUACCGGAAUUAUUGUAUGCUGUACUUAUUUUGCUUGGAUUAUUUUAUGCUGUUCCUGUUACCCAGCGGAGAUACUGUGGAUUAUACUACCUCUCCGCUACACACACACACGAUGCUCUUUAAUUAAAAUCUAAAAGUAUUGGUUAAUAAAAGUCUGUUUACUGACAAUGUCCCCUGGUUCAUGAUACAACUGUUUUUCAAACAGUUUGACCAAAACACUGGGUUCCUGGGUCACCUGCAGCCUCUAGACCCCCUACCACCCCCAUUUGCCAGAAUUGUGAAAGUUCCACAUUUGCUCACACUACUUGAAAACAGUUUGACCAAGAACUGCAGUAACGGGCCCUCUGCCUUACAGCACAAUGACCUGUAGAGUGGCAGGUGAUGCUGUAUAGGGCUGUUGGCUUCCCCUGAUAUUCCCAGGGAUGUAUUUAGUAUAAGAUUCUGUUGGCUAGGUGUGACAGCACAUGUAAACCUGCGUAUUGCUUAACAGACAUGGUGCAGCCCUAUAAUGCCUUACCAUGAGAUCUUAAAGGUAGGCAGACAAUGUAAUAGAGCAGCAGGAAAUGCUAGCAGAAUGCUUGGUUGUAUAGGGAGAGGUAUUAGCAGUAGAAAGAGGGAAGUGCUCAUGCCAUUGUACAGAACACUGGUGAGACCUCACUUGGAGUAUUGUACACAGUACUGAGACCGUAUCUUCAGAAGGAUAUUGAUACCUUAGAGAGGGUUCAGAGAAGGGCUACUAAACUGGUUCAUGGAUUGCGGGAUAAAACUUACCAGGAAAGGUUAAAGGAUCUUAAAAUGUAUAGCUUGGAGGAAAGACGAGACAGGGGGGAUAUGAUAGAAACAUUUAAAUAUAUAAAGGGAAUCAACACAGUAAAGGAGGAGACUAUAUUUAAAAGAAGAAAUACUACCACAACAAGAGGACAUAGUCUUAAAUUAGAGGGACAAAGGUUUAAAAAUAUCAGGAAGUAUUGCUUUACUGAGAGGGUAGUGGAUGCAUGGAAUAGCCUUCCAGCUGAAGUGGUAGAGGUUAACACAGUAAAGGAGUUUAAGCAUGCGUGGGAUAGGAAUAAGGCUAUCUUAACUAUAAGAUAAGACUAGGGACUAAUGAAAGUAUUUAGAAAAUUGGGCAGACUAGAUGGGCCGAAUGGUUCUUAUCUGCCGUCACAUUCUAUGUUUCUAUGUUUCUACCAAUCAAGGUUCCAGUGUUUAAUAUUUUUUUUUUUCUGACCGCUUCUCUGUAGUCCCGCCUGGAAGAUGCUAUGGACCAAGCUGUAAAGGGUGGAGAUAUUGAAACAGCAGAGGAACUAAGUGACAGGCUGGCAACUCGCGAGGCAAGUGUCAUUGAUCCAUUCAGGUUAUGUCAGGAUCAGGCUUGUGUGCUAAUGUUUGCAGUAGUUAGAGGGAAGGGAGAUUCCUGAUCUGUGUCUCUCGCUAUUUGUUUUUUUUUCCUAGUUAAUUUAUAGCAGCUUUGAUUAAAGUCGACUAAUUAUCAGUUUUCUUCUGCCAAGUAGUGUGUGGAGGGGAAUAUUUUACUUUUUUCACAUAUUUUAGUAAUCAGAAUUAAUGAGGACAUAAAACAACCCUUUUUUUGUUUAAAAAAAAAAAAAGUCUUAUACAAUGAUUUUAUAGGUUUAAACAGGUUUUUUUUUUUUUUUAAAUGUUUUCUACUAUGUUUAUCAAUAUUUUCUUUAUAUUAAAAAACAAACAUUGCCAAAAGUAUUUGUAGUUACUGAACUAUAUUUGCAAAAGGUUGUCUGUAAUAACCGCUGGAUUUUUAUAUUGUAAUGUCUGCCUGUGCUGAUAUGUUUUAGAGCAUUCGUAUGCUAGCAGCCGAAAGCCUCUAGCAUUCAUGUAUUUCGUUUCACCAACAGAGACUUUGCCGGCUGUUCGUGAAACGAAUGAGCUACCACCCAGUAGCCCACACACAGAGGGUCGUGUGGCACCCAUUAAUCUGCCAACAGAACUUGAUAUCAUUACAUUUACAUUAAUAUCACUGAAGCAGUGCAGUCCAGAUUCACUUUCAUGGAAAUGUCUGUUUGUAUAAAAAAAAUCACAUAUUUUUCCUGAUUUGUUCUAGAAAUUGAAUGCGCAUGUUGUAGAGUUUGUAAUUCUCGUCUCAUUAGUCUCAUUGCUUUUCUCUCUGCACUUAUUCUGCUACGUCCAAAUGACUAGGUGACUGUGAUAUAUAUUUUGUUUUGGUAUAUUCUGAACCUCGUGGGUGUGAUUAUACAGGAGAAGCUUCAACCAAUGAGGACAGUUCACUGAGAAUGUAAGCAAGGCAAUGCCUCUACUUCACCCCGUGCCGUGAGCGAGAGGUUGCAAUGUUGCAGUCGUUAGUUAAGGGCUUUCCUAGGUGGCCGUCAUUCGGCUACCGACCACGCGGCGGUCGGCCAUCUUGGAUCCUUUGUUUCACCAGCGAUGUUUGGUUGUCGAGCGCGUGAAGCUGAAAUCGGCUACUCGACAGCGUGGACACCGCUGGGCUUCCAGGCCAUUCGGGAGCUCUGCUCUUUCACUAUUCUGGUUCCCCAUCUGCGUUCGGUACUUUUAGGCGAACACAAUGUUAAAAUGUAUUUCGUACGGCGUUCGGUUAUUUAUGCUGGGAUCUGAGCGGUAUUCUCACGAAAUGUGCGCUCAGACCCCAGCUAUCUACCGAACGUCCAUUCGUUUAAAUCAAGUGAAUGAUGGCAAAGUUAUGUAUUUUAAUGUAAAAUGUCGGUUCUGCUGCACGGAGGGAUAAUCCACUUAACGGUAUAUUCCAGUGGGAGUAUCCCUCUCGUCCAGCAGUGCCUGAUGGGAGAAAUGUCCAGACUGUUAAGUCCCCCAUGUAGUCCCCUAUUGUAUAACCCCUGCAAUGUCAGUAAGGAAACCCCUUGCACGGGGAUUUGCAUAAAUACUGUGACUUGCGAAUAAAAGCUCAGUUGACUCCCAGAACUGUGUUUCGUCCGGUUACUGGGGGAUUUGGGAUAUUGCCUUACUUUUCAGCACUUUACUUUGGAUUACCUUCUGUACCAGCGGAGAUCGUGGAAUUUAAUAUUGCAGCUCCGCUACAGUGUCCACUCUCUGUAUCUGUCAUUUUGUGUACAAUUUUCAUUAUUAAUUAUUCUGGAAACCGGAACUUUUCAGGCCAUUUGAAAAAUAAAGUAAAACAAUACUUUUAAAACAGGUUAAAAUGAGUCAUUCUUGCUUGUCAUAGUGAUCAUGUGCAGCCGGAUGUGUUAAUGAUAAAAUAAAACAAACGGUGUACAUUUUAAAAACAGUAAUAAGGAAUUCGUUACUUUGUUCCAUUUUGUUUGUAAAUGAAAAGAUGUUUUGUUGUCAAAUAUUUAUAUGUAAUUAAUAAAAUGAUGAAAUCCUAUAAAUAACCGCUAUAGAAAUAACACAAUGCUGCUUUGUUUGUAGGGUUUAGAAGAAGUACACUAUUACACUGAACUUUGACAUGCAUUUUAAUAAAUUAUCUGUUUUAUAUUCUGGGUAAUGUAUUUUUUACAUUUAAGGGGUUAACUAAAAAUAAUUGGCAUAUUUUGCUAGAACAUGCCAAUGUGUGGCUAUUGGGGAUCCUGCCAAGAUAAAGCACUGAUUGGUGGGUUAAUGAAAUAUGGACGGUUGGACUAGGAUUGUUGAAGCUGCAGAUUUGCAGCAAACAAUAUAAAACCAGAGGUCGUGAUCCUGAUGUUCUUCGGCAUUUUGUGCUCUCUUUAGAACAUAUUACAACAUUAAGGUUGACAAUAUUUUUUAUAUUGUUGCUGUUUGAAAGCUUGUAUAUAAAAUAGAGAAAUUAUUUAAGGGUCAGGACGGGCACUUCAUAAAUAAAUGUCUUAUUAAAGUCACAUACGCUCUACAACUCUGUCCACAUUGACAUCUUUGUAAAAUAAACCUUAUUUUCACUGUAAAUGAGCACACCUAUUGCUGUAACAUGGGCCACAUUCAUUGUGUGUUUUGGGCAGUCAGUUGGCAUGCUAGGAUUGUCCUUUUAUUAUUAUAUAUUUAGUAAUUGAGUUGCUACAUAUUCUGCAUCGUUCUGGACGUUGAGCAAGGGCUAGAAUAUACGGUAAUUCAGUAGUUUGACAGACCUAGUAGGAUUUGCACGCCUGGCCUGCACACUGUGCAGUGUUAGAAUAGUGUUUGUAAAGGGUGAGGAAGCAAAGGUUUCCAGAGAAGCGGGGCAGCUGGGGAGAAGUCUUGUAAACGGCAGGCUGGGGAUUUGCUCAGUAGAGAUGCUUAGAUCAGGACAGCGCCGGGGAGAGGUUACUUGGUGAUAACGGUUUGGUUAGAAGUGUAAAUUAUAUUAAUGCAGUCAAAAAGCAGUGUGUGUGGUUUUUUUUCAUGCUUUCUUGAAUGCAGAAUGCAUAUGACAGAUUUGCACUCCGAUUUCUGUGUGAUGGAGUAUUAAAGCAGUGUGCAUUUUCUGGCAAGUGAAAGGUGUAUUGGGAAACAAACUAUUGGUUUACGGCAUUUCUCUUGCCUUCUUUUUCUUCUCAAGUUGGAAGCUGUGAAUCUGUGGAGCUCGGUGUUCCAGUUUUCUGUCCAUUUAAUGUCUCUAUUCCUGUGGUGGUAUCAGAGAUUUUGUUUCCUUAGUGAAAGUUCAUCUCCUGCUCCUGUCGCGUUGAUUAAGCAUUAAGAUUCUUAUCCUUGGAUAAUACUUGAAAUCACAGUGUACAGUUGGAACAAACUCUAGAUCUCUCAUAAUCUAAAGAAAGAUGCUCUCCAUCAUUCUGCCGUAGCCAGACCUCAUGCUGACGUACAAUAGGUUUCAUUAGGUGCUCCGGAGAAAUGAGGUGUGUAGGUUUUCAAACAUCAGCAGAGCAAUUUCUUCCAAGGAUGCAGCUACUGGAACUGGCUGAUAAAACCUUUAGCUGUGGGGCACAGUUCCCAGAGUGCUUUAAUCCAGUUCCUGUCCUAAUAGGUGAAACUAAUUUCUGAUGUAUAACAUUUUUAAGCUCUUAAAUAGUGUCUUGGAAGCAACAGCUUUGAUGGGGUGGAACAGAGCCAAAAAAAAUAACGCAAAUACGACUAACGGCGCAAAAUCAACAACUCUGCUCAGGGAAUUUGUAAUCUUUACUUUGGAACCAAAAUCAUCAUAUAUUCAAGUGCCUGGAUCGUAGAUAGUACAGAACACUACAGCACUUACACAGGUACCAAAAGAGACAAAAUCUAAAUAGCCUGACCCGUUUGGUACAAAGCGUGACCUUGCAAGCUUUUUCUGUACCCAUUUGGCAGAACUGCUCUUUGCUAAAAGAUUACACAUCGGUCAAUUUUUAGGCCUGCUAUGUUAUCACAAUGUACACAGCAGUGCAUCAUUUGCCUGGGGUCCUGAUUAGGAGUUUAAGCAGCAAAGCUUUGCAAUAAGCCUUUAUCCCCUCUGACCAAACACCCUGGAUCAGUGUUACAACGGCAUUGAUUCCGUAUAAAACACCCAGCAGCAAAUGUUUGUUUAUUUCUAACAGUAAUGCUUGGAUAAUUACACAUACUGUUUACAAGCCACUGGUUAAAGGGUUUAAGACAGUCAUUCCUGGCAGCCUACAGGUUAAACAGGGCACUGGGCGGCCAUCGUUUAGUCUGUUUAUAUAGAAGAAAUUGGUGUCUGGACACAAGAUGUGCCAAACUGCUCCUCCUUUUUAUGGAUAAUGUGAAAAUCUGUUGCAUUCUUGACAUAAAAGGGAUAAAUGUGAUUGUAAAUCAUUAAAAGAAAAUAAAAAACAAAGAAGCUUGAAAAAUUGGCCACUGUGUAGACAUAAAAGCAUAAAACUACAAAGAAGGAAUAUGUUCAGAAUACAUGGAAAUCUGCAAAGCUUUGAAUAUAAAGAUUUAGAUUAAAAUGUUUGAUUUUUAUUGAAGAGAAAAGUUUUUCACAAAUAUGUGGUGUAAUGUAAACAUGUCAGUCCAUACCUCUCAACACAAAUAGAAUGUGGACAGUUUGUGAACCAGCAUGAGACAGGCAUUUUAAAAUGAAUAAAAAAGGGAUACUAUAGUCCCCCAGACUCAAUGAAGUGGUCUGGGUGCCACGUCCCUCAGGUUUUAACCCUUCACAUGUAAACAUAACGGUUUCAGAGAAACUGCUAUGUUUACAUUUGGGGUUAAUCCAGCCUCGAGUGGCUGCCUUCCGCACAGCCACUAGAGGCGCAUCUGCGAUGCUGGAGGCGAAUUUUGCCUCCAUCACUCAGAACGUCCAUAGGAAAGCAUUGAGAAAUGCUUUCCUAUGGACACUUUGAAGGCACUUGCCGCUCAUGCGCAUUCGGCUCCAGUGACGUCGGACGGGGAGGAGAGGUCACCAGCGCCGAGGGAGCGCUGGAAUAAGGUAAGUGGCUGAAGGGGUUUUGUACGGUAUACAGGGCUUGACAAAUUUGUUUGGAAUCUAGAAACCAGCUAAAAACAAGUUAGGAGCCAGUCAUUUUCAACGAGAAAAACGCAAUUCUUAAAGGGACACUAUAGUCACCAGAACCAAUACAGCUUGAUGUGUCUGGUGUCUAAAGCCUGUCCAUGCGAAAGGCAGUGUUUACAUUGCUGCUUAUUAACACCUCUAGUGACAGUCACUCAGACGGCCAUUAGAGAGUCCUUGGUCACUGCUGCACAGUCUGCAGGAUUCCUGUUCAGUGUCUUCCAGCUCUGCAUGAAGGUGCUGAAUGUUCCUCAUAGAGAUUCAUUAAUUCAAUGCAUCUCUAUGAGGAGAUGCGGAUUUGUACAUUUGCUGCGCAUGCAAAAAAAAAACUCCCAAUGCUUUCCUAAGGGAAAACAUUGGCUUAGCUAAGAUCAUAAAGAUUAAAUACAUGUAAUGGUGGAUCACACAUCUUGAUGCGUCUAAAAAGAAACAUAAAACCAUAUAGUGCAAUAUUGUCUGUAAAUAUAUUAAUAUGGAUUACGUAGAAAUCAGGUACUCACAAGCCUGGAGCCAAAUAAUAUCAUAUGACUCCCAUGAGUAGCACAAUGGGACUUUUAGAUGGGAUGUCCCCGUCCGUCUUCUGGAUGCUCUUGUAACUCUCAAGCAGCAUAGGAAUAGAGCUGGGCUGAGUGAGUGGGAUUUCUUCACAAAGAGCUUUAUUAAUCAAAGGUGUACAAUAAUACCACUUAAAAACAUAAAUACAAAAGUACUAUUGUUAAAAAUAAUAAAACAUGGACUGUAGGGUUAAAUUGGUCCAAAGUCCAGUGUGGCCAAAUGGCUGGUAGUGUUUAUAAAAGCCUGAAAUGCGUUUCGCCCCGUGCCAGGGGCUUCCUCAGUCGUUAGUGGUAUGUAGAAGCUUCUUGGCGUCCUUUUAAGUUGUUCCUUCCGUCUACUUCCGGAUUUCGUUGUCGCACGUUGGAACGCACAGUGCGUUCCACUUCGGAAUUAAUUCAAGAAUCCGGCUCUGUUAUCUACGAUCCUGGUCUUGCUAUACUAUCUGGUAUAUAUAUGUAUGUAUGUGUGUGUGUGUGUAUAUAUAUAUAUAUAUAUAUAUAUAUAUAUAUAUAUAUAUAUAUAAAAAUAUAUACACAAUUUAAUAAAAUCUGUAAGAUUAUUUCAAUAAAUCGAGUUAGAAGAAUAGGUUCAAUAUCACAAAAAAAAAUUUGUAUAUGAAUUGGUAUAACAACAAUAUGUCUUCUUUUAAAGCUUAUGAAUUUUAACAAACUAUUUUGUCUGGAUAAGUGCUGUAAACAUUAACAAAUGGUGGGGUGGUGUACACAGACUGUAUUCGAUGAGUACAGAAAACCCAUCAUAUGUAUAGGUAAAAAAAUAAAUAAAUAUACAAGAGGGAGGAGGGCUUCAGUGCAGGGACAGCGGGACUAAUAGGAAUAAACAACCUUUAGAGAGAAAAAGACUUAAUCUAAAUUACAAUAAUAUGUGUUAUAUAAAUAGAAGUAAGCUUAUUAAUAUAAACAUCAAUCUGAUGGAUAAUCUAUUGCACACUGCAUUUGUAGUUUACAGAUAAAUUUAUAUAAACUCAUAGGUGAAUGAAUGUAUCAACAACCUUUUGAUCCCAACCUCCUAAAUUGGUUGGUAGUGGAAGAAAGUGCAUAAAGAUGUGAUUAAAAGUGCAAGAGUGCAUAUCCUCAUUGUCAAAUGAUUAAAAAUGUGGCAUACCUCAAAGUCGAGUUGAGGCCGUGCGGUAUCAAUGUAUUAAAAUUAUAAAUGAACUUCAUUUCCUCUGUUCCUAUUUUUUUAAUGUAAUUUCCCCCUCUCCAAAUCUUUUUUUAUAAGUUUUAAGGGACAGAAGAACAGGUUUUCUGGAUUUUGAUUAUGAUAUUUCUUAAAAUGAUUGGAGACACUAUGGGUCUCCAAUCCAUUUUUAAUAUUAUGUACAUGUUCUGAGAUCCGGAUAUGGAUACAUCUGAUGGUUCGGCCUAUAUAGAGCAAGUUGCAAGGGCAUUUUAAUACAUACAUGACAUUUCGAAAAGCAUAUAAGUUGGUCUUUGAUAGUAAAGUCUCUAUUAAUAUAUUCUUGAAUAUUAGUAAGGUGCCUUUUUUUACUUUUUGUAGACCUACAUGCCAAGCAGGUGCCACAACCAUAGUACCCGCUUUUCUGAUUUAAAAAAUGUUUAAUAGUUGCUGGGCCUUCACUACUCUGAAUGAAAGAUUUCUUAAGGUUCGCUGCACCGCUAUAUAUAAUUUGUGGUUGUGCUGGUAAAAUCUCUUUUAAAACCGGGUCAUCUCUUAGGACAUGCCAGUACUUUUUUAUGACUUUAUUAAUUUUUUUAUUAUUACCAUUAAAAUUACAUACAAAAGGAAUUUUCUGAGUAUGUGUUUGUUGUAUAUUUUUAGAUUUAUAAGUUAGUAAUUCUUGUCUUGAUGUAUUCUUAACUUCUUCCAUUGCUAUGGUCAAUCUGUCCUCUUCGUAUCCCUUUUCUUGGGACUGUUCUUUUAUUCUCGUUGCUUGUUGUAUGUAAUCUUCAUCAUUCGUACAAUUGCGUCUGAUCCUCAGAAAUUGGCCUUUGGGUGCAUUGUUCAACCAUGGUUUUUGGUGGCAGCUGUUCCUCUCAAUGUACCCAUUUGCAUCUACCGCUUUAAAAAUGUUUUUCGUUCUAAUCUGGUCAUUUUGUAUAAAAACAUGAAAGUCUAAAAAAUUAUUGUCUGUCUGGCUAUGAGUGGUAGUAAGUAUGAUGCCCCACUCAUUGUCAUUUAAAAAGGAUUCGAACAUCUCUAAAAGUUUAACAGAACCGUUCCAAAUUAAAAAUAUAUCAUUGAUGUAACGGCGAUAGCACACCAAACUCGACACCCAGGGGUGUUCAGAGAAUAUAAAAUGUUCCUCCCAAUACGCCAUAAACAAGUUGGCAUAACCGGGUGCGAAUUUGGUGCCCAUCGCCGUUCCCCUGAUCUGGAGAUAAAAAAUGUUGUUAAACCAAAAAGUUGUUGGUUAAAAUAAGAUAAAUACCUUCUAAAAUAAACUCUAUUUGCUCUUCUUUAAAAUCUGCUUUAAUUAAAAAAUAUUUGACAGCUCUAAUUCCAAUAUCGUGGGGGAUGAUGCUGUACAAGGACGUGACAUCACUAGUAACUAAACGAUAGUUGAUGUCCCAUUGAGUAGUGUCCAAAACUUGUAAUAUAUGAAUCGUAUCUUUAAGAUGUGAUGGAUUUUUCACCACUAAGGGCUGUAAUAAGGUGUUGAUAUAUUCAGAGACUCCAGAAGUUAUAGAGUCAAUCCCUGAUAUGAUGGGGCGCCAUGGUGGAUUGACUGUACUUUUAUGUACUUUAGGCAAGUAGUAAAAGACUGGGAUCUUUUGGAUGUGCUAUCUGUCAAUAUUUACUUUCUUUUUCUGUUAAUAUUUCUUUCUCUAAUCCCUUUUGAAUAAAUUUAUCGAAUAAAUCUUUUACUUUCUCUGUGGGAUUGGAAUUGAGUUUCUGAUAGGUCGUAUUAUCCGAAAGGAUUCGUUCGGAUUCCUCCAUGUACUUAGUUUUGGCAAGACUACGACCCCACCUCCUUUGUCUGCCAGUUUAAUGACUAGAUUUUCGUACUUUUGUAAUUUUUUUUUUAAGUAUUUUUUUUUUCCCGUAUUGACAUAUUCUGUUGAAACUUAUUACGUUUUUUUGCUUUCUUUAUUUCUCCCAUAACCAUGGUCUCAAAAGUGUUCAUCUUGUCAAAGACCAUGUGUCUUAGUAUCACUAAGUUUUUGUCUCCAUGUAGUUAUCUCUUCAUCUCACUGAGAUAGUUUCCAGGAGGGAAGAGAACCUAUGUACCCUAUCAUACUGAAUGAGAAGCCUUCAAGGAGCUUAUUCCACCCUGUCAUAAAACAUGCAACUUCUCUAUCAAAGUGAUACUACUAACCUUGAAACAUUUAACCAAAUAAUAAGAGCGAUUAAGAUUAAAUUAGAAAAAGCGGAGAAGGAAACUAUUGCAAUCAAAAAGAAAAAAUAUUUAAGGGACACCCAUGAUUAUGAAAUAGGCAACAUUAGAUUUCCCAAAAGGACAUAUACUAGUUCAACAAAACAAAAUCGGAAUAGAGAUAUGGAGUGGCAGAGACCACAAGGAGAACCUAAACGGAAAAAUCUAAAUGAUCACCAGUAUACCCAUGAUUUUGAAAGAUCUCGAUAUUAUAGGGCUUCACCUUUUAAAGAUCCACCAACAAAUAAUGUAUUGCGAAACGAACCACGUAAUCCUGGAGGAAACAGAUAUCAGAGGAGACCUUCCAUUAAAGAUUACCAUAAGAAUGAUUCAUCAUCGAGAGCAUCAACUUCUACAUACCACUAUCAAAGUAGAAAAUACAGCGAAGUGGUAAAACAACAACCUCCAAAUAAGAUGAGUGAAAAUAGGAAUUCCACAAGUAAGACAUACUCUCCGCUAGAACCAACAUUAAGAAAAGAUCCCAUAACCACUACUAGGAGAAGUCCAACAAAGACUGUGAGAAGGACUAAUGUAGACUCAAUCAUAGAAAGAAGCCCUAUAAGAAUAUCAAGAAGAUUGGAAAGAGAGACCAGGAUCUCCAUUAGAAGCAGAGAAAGAAGGUCAAUAACCCCAGAAGUGGAGCUUAGAUGACCAUCAGUCGUUUUUUCGGAAGGAACCCAGAAUAGAGGGACUAAAAUGGCAAGAGAAACCCAAAUCAUGGGAAUCCCCGGGCAAACGUCAAAGGUCCAGGGAACAAGAAAUAGGAGAAGAAGAGAAAGGGAACAGAGAGAAGAAGGGAAAGAGAUAGAUGCACAAGGAAUUUUUAAUCUUACGGACUAUCCAUUAAGUAAGGAGGAGAUAAAAGUCCUUAAAUUUGUGCCUACAGCGGAACUGGAUAAAUUUGAAUUUUUUAUUGACAUGAAUACAUUUAUGAGGAAUUUGUGUCUGAAAAAAUUAUUUCAUGACCAGAAAGAACCAUUAAAUAGGGAACAGAACUCACAAUAUAAACAGACACAAUUAAAAGAAAAAUCUCUUUUUUUUUUUUCCCUCAGACACAUGGUCUCUGACAAGAUGAACACUUUUGAGACCAUGGUUAUGGAAGAAAUAAAGAAAGCAAAAAAACGUAAUAAGUUUCAACAGAAUAUGUCAAUACGGGAAAAAAAAACUUACAUUUUUUUUACAAAAGUACGAAAAUCUAGUCAUUAAACCGGCAGACAAAGGAGGUGGGGUCGUAGUCUUGUCCAAAACUAAGUACAUGGAGGAAUCCGAACGAAUCCUUUCGGAUAAUACGACCUAUCAGAAACUCAAUUCCAAUCCCACGGAGAAAGUAAAAGAUUUAUUCGAUAAAUUUAUUCAAAAGGGAUUAGAGAAAGAAAUAUUAACAGAAAAAGAAGGUAAAUAUUGACAGCACAUCCAAAAGAUUGCCUAAAGUACAUAAAAGUACAGUCAAUCCACCAUGGCGCCCCAUCAUAUCAGGGAUUGACUCUAUAACUUCUGGAGUCUCUGAAUAUAUCGACACCUUAUUACAGCCCUUAGUGGUGAAAAAUCCAUCACAUCUUAAAGAUACGAUUCAUAUAUUACAAGUUUUGGACACUACUCAAUGGGACAUCAACUAUCCUUUAGUUACUAGUGAUGUCACGUCCUUGUACAGCUUCAUCCCCCACGAUAUUGGAAUUAGAGCUGUCAAAUAUUUUUUUCAUUAAAGCAGAUUUUAAAGAAGAGCAAAUAGAGUUUAUUUUAGAAGGUAUUUAUCUUAUUUUAACCAACAACUUUUUUUGGUUUAACAACAUUUUUUUUUAUCUCCAGAUCAGGGGAACGGCAAUGGGCACCAAAUUCGCACCCAGUUACGCCAACUUGUUUAUGGCGUAUUGGGAGGAGCAUUUUAUAUUCUCUGAACACCCCUGGGUGUCGAGUUUGGUGUGCUAGCGCCGUUAUAUUGAUGAUAUAUUUUUAAUUUGGAACGAUUCUGUUAAACUUUUAGAGAUGUUCGAAUCCUUUUUAAAUGACAAUGAGUGGGGCAUCAUACUUACUACCACUCAUAGUCAGACAGACAUUAAUUUUUUAGACUUUCACGUUUUUAUACAAAAUAACCCGAUUAGAACUAAAAACUUUUUUAAAGCGGUAGAUGCAAAUGGGUACAUUGAGAGGAACAUCUGCCACCAUAAACCAUGGUUGAACAAUGCACCCAAAGGAAAAUUUCUGCGGAUCAGACGCAAUUGUACUAAUGAUGAUUACAUACAACAAGCAACGAGAAUAAAAGAACAGUUCCGAGAAAAGGGGUACGAAGAGGACAGAUUGACCAUAGCAAUGGAAGAAGUUAAGAAUACAUCAAGACAAGAAUUACUAACUUAUAAAUCUAAAAAUAUACAACAAACACAUACUCAGAAAAUUCCUUUUGUAUGUAAUUUUAAUGGUAAUAAUAAAAAAAUUAAUAAAGUCAUAAAAAAGUACUGGCAUGUCCUAAGAGAUGACCUGGUUUUAAAAGAGAUUUUACCAGCACAACCACAAAUUAUAUAUAGCGGUGCAGCGAACCUUAAGAAAUUUUCGUUCAGAGUAGUGAAGGCCCAGCAACUAUUAAACAUUUUUUAAAUCAGAAAAGCGGGUACUAUGGUUGUGGCACCUGCUUGGCAUGUAGGUCUACAAAAAGUAAAAAAAGGCACCUUACUAAUAUUCAAGAAUAUAUUAAUAGAGGGAGAAGAGAGCAGCUGCAGUAAGAUUAAUGCUCCCUCGCGUGUUGCCUACAAUGCUCCCGCAGGUGGCCGCCUCAGUGCUGCUCACGUUGGCCGGCUGGCCGCCUCCAUGCUGCUCAUGGCUCCAAUAUUCCCUGCAGAGCUGGCAAAUCACAGGUGCCAAGGCGAAAUUUCUAGUCAGUUUAUAGUAUAUUUCGCAGUUUAUAGUAUACAACUUAAUGUAUCAAAUUCAGCUUAAUUUAUAGUAUACAGCUUAAUGCAUGGUAUACAGGUUAAUGUACGGUAUACAUCAUAUUGUAUUUAUUUUUCUGAGUGUAAUCCGUCCCCGCAGGCUUUUUGCAAUAAACACUGUUUUUUUUAGAAAAAAGGCAGUGUUUACAUUGCCCACUAAGGACACCUCCACUGGCCAUUCCUAAGAUGGCUGCUAGAGGUGCUUCCUGUGGCAGUGCUGCAUAGUAUGACUGACAUUCAGUGUCUCCACCCUCUGCAUGGAGACACAUAAUGUUUCUCAUAGAGAUACAUUGAGUCAAUGGCUGGGCUGUGUUUGGCUCUGCCCCUGAUCUGCCUCCUUGACCGUCUCAGCCAAUCCUAUGCAAAAGCAUCGUGAUUGACUCUCAUAAUAACUUCUGAUGUCAGAAGGCAGAUCAGGGCACCAGCUGCACACUUGAAUACAUGUUGGCUUUUUUGGGGGGAUUUUUAUAUUUAGUGGGGGUGGGGGUUAAACAUAGAAACGUAUAAUGUGAUGACAGAUAAGAACCCCUUGACCCAUCUAGUCUGCCCAAUUUUCUAAAUUCUUUCAUUAGUCCCUGGCCUUAUCUUAUAGUUGGGAUAGCCUGAUGCCUAUCCCACGCAUGCUUAAACUCCUUUACUGUGUUAACCUCUACCACUUCAGCUGGAAGGCUAUUCCAUGCAUCCACUACCCUCUCAGUAAAGUAAUACUUCCCGUUAUUAUUUUUAAACCUUUGCCCCUCUAAUUUAAGACUGUCCUCUUGUUGUGGUAGUUUUUCUUCUUUUAAAUAUAGUCUCCUCCUUUACUGUGUUUAAAUCAUAUCCCCCCCCCCCAUCUUGUCUUUCCUCCAAGCUAUACAUGUUAAGUUCCUUUAACCUUUCCUUGUAAGUUUUAUCAUGCAAUCUGUAACGGAUCGCCUGGCACUCCGACUGGGUACCUCCGUUGAAGGAUGCUCCUAGCGCUUCCUGAGGACUCCAAGCACUCUGGCAAACACCACAAUCACCGAACCGGAGAAACAAAUAAAUUCUCCCAAGCAUAUGAAUGCUGUAGACAGUUGAAUAGGAACCAUACGAAUAGGUUUACUCUCCUAGCAGUCAAACUGGAACAGCAUACAAUAAAUCCUCCCCCAAUAAUGAGACGACACUUCACUUUGAGGGUUAAGCAGGAACUCUCUGUAAUGGCCACACACUGGCUUUUAUGCAAGUCCCCAUGCAAGGGGACAUCCCACAGGGUGGGACACAGUACAACCAAUCAUUACAGGGGAACCAUAAAACACACCCACAUUUACAUCACAAUCCCUCCUCUCUGUCCAGGAGAUAAGUGUGAAGUAAUCCAAUUAUCUCCCAGGACAGAGGCAAGACUCCAUUAACCACAUGGCACUAACAAUACAAUAAAAGACAUGAAAUUACAUACAGUUACAUUUAUUCCAUAAAACAUAGACAUUCUACAUAUCCCCAGAUAGCUUAGAUCUGAGUGCACAUUACUACCGAAUGGCGCUCAGAUCACAUAAAUACAGUUCAAUCGCCAGGGAGCCAAAGUCUUUCAUACAGUCUUUCAGUAUACGGCUGGGCUCCAUGGCAUAGCUAUCUGGGGUAGCAUGGCUUUAACAGUCUACAGAAAGGCAUGAAUACGCUUUGCAGGGAAAAUAAAAGGUUUAACUGCCGGGCCAUAGUCUAAAGGGAGCAGGCGAGCAACCAGGCUCCUCCAGUGGACAGUGGCGAGGCUGGUUUCGCCACACAAUCCAUGAACCAGUUUAGUAGCCCUUCUCUGAACUCUCUCUAAAGUAUCAAUAUCCUUCGGAAGAUACGGUCUCCAGUACUGUGUACAAUACUCCAAGUGAGGUCUCACCAGUGUUCUGUACAAUGGUAUGAGCACUUCCCUCUUUCUACUGCUAAUACCUCUCCCUAUACAACCAAGCAUUCUGCUAGCAUUUCCUGCUGCUCUAUUACAUUGUCUGCCUACCUUUACGUCAUCAGAAAUAAUCACCUCUAAAUCCUUUUCCUCAGGUGUUGAUCAAAUAUUCUGUACUCUGCCCUUGGGUUUUUACGUCCAAGAUGCAUUAUCUUGCACUUAUCCACAUUAAAUGUCAGUUGCCACAAUUCUGACCAUUUUUCUAGUUUACCUAAAUCAUUUGCCAUUUGGCUUAUCCCUCCUGGAACAUCAACCUUGUUACAUAUCUUUGUAUCAUCAGCAAUAAGACAUACCUUACUAUCAAGACCUUCUGCAAUAUCACUAAUAAAAAUAUUAAAGAGAAUGGGUCCAAGUACAGAUCCCUGAGGUACCCCACUGGUGACAAGUCCAAGCUUCGAAUAUAUUCCAUUGACUACAACCCUCUGUUGCCUGUCACUCAGCCACUGCCUUACCCAUUCAACAAUAUUGGAAUCCAAACUUAAAGAUUGCAGUUUAUUGAUAAGCCUUCUAUGUGCAACAGUGUCAAAAGCCUUACUGAAAUCUAGGUAAGCAAUGUCUACUGCACCACCCUGAUCUAUUAUUUUUAGUUACCCAAUCAAAAAAAUCAAUAAGAUUAGUUUGGCUUGAUCUCCCUGAACUAAACCCAUGUUGUCUCUGAUCUUGAAAUCCAUGUGUUUUUAGAUGUUCAACAAGCCUAUCCCCUAACAUGGUUUCCAUCACUUUCCCCACUACUGAAGUAAGGCUUACUGGCCUAUAAUUGCCCUACUCCUCCCUACUACCUUUCUUGUGAAUAGGCACAACAUUCGCUAACUUUCAAUCUUCUGGGACUACUCCUGUUAACAAUGAUUGGUUAAAUAAAUCUGUUAAUGGUUUUGCUAGUACACCAAUAAGCUCUUUUAAUAACUUUGGGUGUAUUCCAUCAGGUCCCAUUGACUUAUUUGUCUUUACUUUUGACAGUUGAAAUAGAACCUCUUCCUCUGUAAACUCACAUGUAACAAAUAACACAUUUGUCUUUUUUCCUAACUGAGGCCCCUUUCCUUUAUUUUCAUCUGUAAAUACCGAACAAAAAUAUUAAUUGAGGCAGUCAGCUAGACCUUUAUCCUCUUCUACAAACCUUCCUUCUUUUGUUUUUAAUGUAACUAAUCCUUGUUUUACUUUCCUUUUCUCAUUUAUUUAUCUAAAAAAUGUUUUGUCCCCUUUUUUUACUGACUGUGCUAUUUUAUCUUCUGUGUGUGAUUUGGAAGCACUUAUGACUUGCUUAGACUCUUUCUGCCAAAUCUUAUAGAUCUGUCUGUCUUCCUCACUCUGGCUUUUUUUUAUAAUUACUAAAUGCUUACGUUUUGAUUUUUACUAUUUUGGCCACAUCUGCGAAGUACCACAGUUGUUUCUUGAAUUUUUUGCUUUUACUGACAAGCCUAAUGCAAUUUUCUUUUUGCCUUCAGCAGUCCAACUUUUAAAUAAUCCCAUUACUCUUGGACUCCAUUUAAAUUGCUUCAGUCUGAUAAUGACUCCUUUACACAUAUUCUAAUUUUAGAAAAGUCUGUCUAAAACUUUUGUUUUUGUGUGGUGUGACUCAGUCACUGUUCUUAUAUUAAACCACACUGACUGAUGAUCACUGGAUCCUAAACCUUCACCUACAGUAAUAUCCGAUACCAAAUCUCCAUUUGUUAACACUAAAUCUAGUAUGGCCUCCUUACGAGUUGGCUCUUCGACUUGUUUUAGAGACAAUCCCAGUAGGGAGUUUAGAAUAUGUGUGCUCCUGGCACAAGCAGCUAUUUUGGGUUUCCAAUUCACAUCAGGAAGAUUAAAGUCACCCAUUAUGAUAACUUCCCCCUUUAUUGUUGUUUUAGCUAUUUCCUCAACUAGUAGAUUAUUUAACUCUUCUAUUUGUCCAGGGGGUCUAUAAAUCACACUUACACCCAAAGCCUGUCACCACUACCCUCAGUGCCUGAGCCUGUCACCACAACACUCAGUGCCUGAGCCUGUCUCCACAACACCACUACCCUCUGUGCCUGAGCCUGUCUCCACAACACCACUACCCUCUGUGCCUGUCGCCACAACACCACUACCCUCAGUGCCUGAGCCUGUUUAGAUGGUUGUUUUAACACGAUACGGUCAGAAAUACAUGUUUGUGUUCCUUUUGCAAGAGUUAAUGGGGCUCUGUAAUGACAAAUGUCAGAAUCUCAUUUUACAAUGCAAAAUUAACAGUUUACACAUUUAUAGCUAAAGCUAUAUCCCUUUGGCUGAUUAUUUAGUGCAUUUCCAGAGCCAAGGUCAUUUUAUCCUAAUACACAUUGACCUUCACCAUUAUGAAAACACAAGACUUGGAAACCCUCUUGAUUGGCUAAAGUCUGAGAAAGUCACUGAUUUGCCAAGUUCUUUCUAUUUUAUAUAAUUUUCUGCCCAUUCAUCGUCUUAAGGUCACUAUUGAAAACGUAGUGAGCAGUGAACCUAGCCCAUGUCACUGGAAUUAGUCUGAUUCUUUAUACAGAGGAUAUAUAUUCAAACAUAUCACAAUGCAAAACAUUGUUAUUGAUGAAUGUGUUUACUGCAUUUAGAAUUCUUAAAAAACAGAGAAUGAUAUGAUAUAAAAAAUAAAAUAAUAAUAAUCUGGGCUAAGAUCCAGUCCUUUAGUAUUUUAUAUUCUAUUUUUGUUUCUUUAGAAUAGACUAAUGAUUGUUUGGAUAGGAUAUUCCUGCUUCUUUUGCUGUUGCCUUUUCUAACUUGCCCAAAGAGUUCCCCUGCUGUAGGUACAAACAAGGUGUGACUAAGUAAGUUUUCGGUCGUAGGGCACAUGCAGCUCACACAUUGUUGUUAAAGGACCACUACAGUGCCAGGAAAACAUACUCGUUUUCCUGGCACUAUAGUGCCCUGAGGGUGCCCCCACCUCAGGGUCGCCCUUCCGCCGGGCUGAAUGGAGAGGAAGGGGUUAAACUUACCUUUUUUCCAGCGCCAGGCGGGGAGCACUCCUCCUCCUCUCCGCCUCCGAUCCUCCUCUUUGGCUGAAUGCGCAUGCGCGGCAGGAGCUGCGCGCGCUUUCAGCCAGUCUCAUAGGAAAGCAUUCAUAAUGCUUUCCUAUGGACGCUGGCAUCUUCUCACUGUGAUUUUCACAGUGAGAAGCACGCAAACGCCUCUAGCGGCUGUCAGUGAGAUUCUCUGAAACUGCUAUGUUUAUAAAAAAAAGUGUUAAUCCUAGAGGGACCUGGCACCCAGACCACUUCAUUAAGCUGAAGUGGUCUGGGUGCCUAGAGUGGUCCUUUAAGUAUAAAUUCAUAAUUUCACUUAAAGGGGCACUAUAAUCACCCAGACCCCUUCACCUCGUUGAAGUGCUCUGGGUGCAGUGUCCCUUUCUCACUUAGUCCUGCAAUGUAAAGCAGUUUUCGAGAUAAUGCAAUAAUUACAUUGCAGGACUAAGACUGCCUCUAGUGGCUGUCAAUCAGCCAGCCUCUAGUGCUGCUAAGUUACUUUUAGUCCCUUACUAAAUGACCCUAGACAUUGAGUUGGAUAAUUUGUGCCCACAUUUUGCCAAUUGCAUUUAUUCCUUACAAUCACUAAAGUGUCAAUUUGUUGAAAUUUAAAGUGGAUUUCAUGUAAUAGGUCAAAAUAGCAAUAGUGAUGACUUCAUUUGGAAUGGGGAAUUUUUCCAGUUUUAAUAUUUUGCACUAAAAUCUGAAUUCCUGACAGUUGGCACCUUAGUAAAUAACCCUGUAAGCCUUAGGUAGAGCCUGCUGUGACUCAGAAUGGAAGGGGUUAAUGUUAGCUCCCACAGGACAGGUAAGUGAUACUAUGUAAUUUAGCUUAUUAAAUUUCUUUAGCAUUUGUUCCUGUUUCACAACAGUAAUAGCAGUCACCGCAGACAAGGAGAGCACUGAAGGGCACUUAAUAUUCUUUAGAGAGACAGAUUAAACGAUAUAAUUUACUGGGAAAUUUUAAUCUAUCUGAUUGGAGACAUCUGGGGUUCUACACAACAGAUCAAUUACUUUUACAAAUUCUUAGCUUGCAAAUAUUGUGUAACUGGUUCAGUAUCUCCCAAAAGCUUAGCAAGCAUUUUAUUCUUUAUAUGAUGACUUGGCAUGUGCUCUCAAUCUAGAUAUUACUGUAACUUUUUAUAAAUGAUUAUUGUUUUUUUGUACUAUACAAGUGUCUAUGUAAAUUACAGAUUACAUUGGAGGUGAAAGGGUUGAGGAGUUGUCAUUAUCGGGAAGAAUACAUGUCGGUGUUUUUGUAAUUUAAAGAGGGAUCUCUGACAUAAGCCGGCACCCUGUUUGUCUUGCAGUAAAUAACGAUGAGAAAACAAUAUAUAGAGGGGAUUGCGUCUUUGACAUCAUUCACUAGCGAUACUUCGCGUUCGCUUCUAAAAGACAGAAAUCCAUGAAAAGUCUUGGCUCUCGCAAGUCUAAUUAAAGAAAGACAAUGCUUGGUUUAUGCUGCAGAUGAUUUUUUUUCUGCAGUCAAAUUAAUCAGCAUGUUUUCUCUUUUAAUUAAAACCAUUUUAGUAAAUUAAAGCCCACAGCAAAACACAUAUAUAAUUUGUUUGUAAUUAGCUCUUAAUUGGUGGUAGUUGAAGCUUAGCACCCUUGGUUCCUUUCUUCAUGAUUGCUAUUUUAUUAGCAGGCUAGUCAUUAAUUAAUCUUUUUUUUCUAAUUAGCUUAUAAAACUGUUGAUGGCACAUUAUUGUAAAUGUGAUUUUAAGUUCAAAGCGUGUUAAUAAGCUUUCUUACUUAGAAGAAGAGAGAUAAAGAAAUUGCUGAAAAUAUUACCACUGUUUUUUUUCUAUUCCAAAUUCUCCCUUCUUUGGCAUCUACAUGAAAUGAUCAAGUGAAUGGCGCGGUCUUCAAAAUGCAAACGUGUGUUUAGAUUCUACCCGCACAGUGUUGGUCACAGAUACACUAAAACGCAAUGGGGGAAGCACUCCAGUUUUCGUAGACUACUCAUCCGUAGAGAAUGGCACAGCAUAAUGGGAUUUGUCAUUCUUUAGCUGCUAUCUGUGCUAUCAAAACGCUACAACAGGGAUCUCAAAUUCUGCCUCCUCCAUGUUCCUGGCCUACAACUCCCAGAAUUCUCUGAAUGAAAUAGGCAGCCAAAGAGCCAUGAGAGUUGUAGUUCGUUAACAUCUGGGAGUCCGUAGCUUGACCUAGAUUUGUAGGGUUCAUUCCAUAAACAGUGCAUGAAUUGAAAUCUAGUCUAUAAUAGUGGAGCCAUGAAUGGAGUUAUUUUAGACAGUUUUUUUGCCAUUUGAAUUUCGAUUCAUCGCAAUUCACUUUUAGUGAAAAAAGACACAAGCGUUGCUAAACUGCCAAACAAGAUUUAAAGCGAUUUGUGUUUUAUUUUUUAUUUUGUUUGGUAACAUAUUUGCAGUUAAGGUCGACUUUUCAAAUGUUGUUUACCGUGACAUUUCGCGUCAUCAUCAAGAACUGUCUCUCAAACAGACACUGCAAGCAGGUUUAACAUUCCCAGUCCUGUACUGCAAGCAGACCUUGAAAGUUACCUGUUGAGACAUACUAGGAAUGGCAGAUGGACAGUCUGUUGCUCUACAUAAUUCAUUUUCAACACUUUCAGAGUGUAGUGGUGGUAUGGAGACCGGCUUAGGCACUGAGUGUAGUGGUGGUAUGGAGACCGGCUCAGGCACUGAGUGUAGUGGUGAUAUGGAGACCGGCUCAGGCACUGAGUGUAGUGGUGGUAUGGAGAUAGGCUUGGAGACUAUAGAAAGCAGUUGUUGUUGGGGGAUUCUAUCGUAAGAGAUGUGGAGCUGGACAAUAGUGGUCUUGUGAGAUGUCUUCCCAGGGCUACUGCUCACAGAGACAGGACACAUAUUUGUAAUAUUGUUAAGUGAGCAAAGCAGGAAGGGGAAUUGGAUGUACUUGUCCAUCUAGGGACAAAUGACUUGGCUUGCAAUGAGGUUUCAGAGGUAAAGGAAGUUUUUUGUGUUUUUGCCAAUGAUAUACGGCAGGUUGCUUCCACACUGUCAUUCUCUGAAGUUCUGCCUGUGCAUAACACUCAGAACGACAUGCGAAUGCGUAUUAGGGACUUUAAUUUGUGGCUUGGUGAAUGGUGUCGGGAGCAAGGAUUUGGCUUUAUUUCUCAUGGUAGCUCUGUUUGGAAUGUAAAUAAACUGGACAAAAAAGUUGGUUUGCCUCUUUCUCAAAAGAGAACAAAUGUUCUCAGUGAGCAGUUCAGAGGUUUUGCUAGGAUGUAUUUAAACUAAGGGGGGGGGGGGUGAUAAAACAUCAAUCCAAUUGCCACCCAAAACAAGGACAGAAGGUGCCUGUAGCAGGUGUGUUAAAAAAAUAAGCUUACAGUCAUCUCUACAAAUGCUCGCAGUUUAGGGAAUAAGAUCCAUGAACUUGUGGCAAUAAUGGCAACUGAUAGUGUAGAUUUAGUCGCUGUUACUGAGACAUGGUAUAAUGAGAAAAAUGACUGGGACAUAGCAAUACCAGGGUACUCUUUAUAUAGGAAAGACAGGCAAGGCAAGAAAGGGGGAGGUGUGGCCUUGUAUGUGAAGAAUAGCAUAAAAUCUAGCCUAAUAAAAGUUAGUGAGGCGAACAUAGAGUCCGUUUGGGUUGCGUUAGAAUUUGGUAAUCACACAGUAACUCGUGUAGGUGUGAUUUAUAGGCCCCCAGGACAAAUAGAGUUAGAUAAUCUACUUGUUGAGGAAAUAGCUAAAAUGACAAUGAAGGGGGAAGUUAUCAUCAUGGGUGACUUUAAUCUUCCUUAUGUGAAUUGGAAAACCAAAAUAGCUGCUUGUGCCAGGAGCACACAUAUUCUAAACUCCCUACUGGGAUUGUCUCUUAAAAAAAGUCGUUGAGGAGCCAACUUGUAAAGAGGCCAUACUAGAUUUAGUGUUAACAAAUGGAGAUUUGGUAUCAGAUAUUACUGUAGGUGAAAGUUUAGGAUCCAAUGAUCAUCAGUCAGUGUGGUUUAAUAUAAGAACAGUGACUGAGUCACACCACAUAAAAACAAACGUUUUAGACUUUAGAAAAACAGACUUUUGUAAAAUUAGAAUAUGUGUAAAGGAGUCAUUAUCAGACUGGAGCAAUUUAAAUGGAGUCCAAGAGUAAUGGGAUUAUUUAAAACUUGGACUGCUGAAGGCAACAGAAAAUUGCAUUAGGCUUGUCAGUAAAGGCAAAAAAUUCAAGAAACCACUGUGGUACUUCGCAGAUGUGGCCAAAAUAGUAAAAAACAAAACGUAAGCAUUUAGUAAUUAUAAAAAAAAAAAAGCCAGAGUGAGGAAGACAGACAGAUCUAUAAGAUUUGGCAGAAAGAGUCUAAGCAAGUUAUAAGAGCUUCCAAAUCACACACAGAAGAGAAAAUAGCACAGUUAGUAAAAAAAAAAGGGACAAAACAUUUUUUAGAUACAUAAAUGAGAAAAGGAAAGUAAAACAAGGAUUAGUUACAUUAAAAACAAAAGAAGGAAGGUAUGUAGAAUAGGAUAAAGGUCUAGCUGACUUCCUCAAUUAAUAUUUUUGUUCAGUAUUUACAGAUGAAAAUGAAGGAAAUGGACCUCAGUUAGGAAAAAAGACAAAUGUGUUAUUUGUUACAUGUGAGUUUACAGAGGAAGAGGUUCUAUUUCAACUGUCAAAAGUAAAGCCAAAUAAGUGAAUGGGACCUGAUGGAAUACACCCAAAGCUAUUAAAAGAGCUUAGUGGUGUACUAGCAAAACCACUAACGGAUUUAUUUAACCAAUCAUUGUUAACAGGAGUAGUCCCAGAAGAUUGGAAGUUAGCGAAUGUUGUGCCCAUUCACAAGAAAGGUAGUAGGGAGGAGUCGGGCAACUAUAGGCCAGUAAGCCUUACUUCAGUAGUGGGGAAAGUAAUGGAAACUAUGUUAAAGGAUAGGAUUGUUGAACAUCUAAAACACAUGGAUUUCAAGAUCAGAGACAACAUGGGUUUACUUCAGGGAGAUCAUGCCAAACUAAUCUUACUGAUUUUUUUGAUUGGGUAACUAAAAUUAUAGAUCAGGGUGGUGCAGUAGACAUUGCUUACCUAGAUUUCAGUAAGGCUUUUGACACUGUUGCACAUAGAAGGCUUAUCAAUAAACUGCAAUCUUUAAGUUUGGAUUCCAAUAUUGUUGAAUGGGUAAGGCAGUGGCUGAGUGACAGGCAACAGAGGGUUGUAGUUAAUGGAAUAUAUUCGAAGCUUGGACUUGUCACCAGUGGGGUACCUCAGGGAUCUGUACUUGGACCCAUUCUCUUUAAUAUUUUUAUUAGUGAUAUUGUAGAAGGUCUUGAUGGUAAGGUAUGUCUUUUUGCUGAUGAUACUAAGAUAUGUAACAGGGUUGAUGUUCCAGGAGGGAUAAGCCAAAUGGCAAAUGAUUUAGGUAAACUAGAAAAAUGGUCAGAGUUGUGGCAACUGACCUUUAAUGUGGAUAAGUGCAAAAUAAUGCAUCUUGGACCUAAAAUCCCAAGGGCAGAGUACAGAAUAUUUGAUCAACAUAUGAGGAAAGGGAUUUAGGGGUGAUUAUUUCUGAUGACUUCAAGGUAGGUAGACAAUGUAAUAGAGCUGCAGGAUAUGCCAGCAGAAUGCUUGGUUGUAUAGGGAGAGGUAUUAGCAGUAGAAAGAGGGAAGUGAUCAUGCCAUUGUACAGAACACUGGUGAGACCUCACUUGGAGUAUUGUACACAGUACUGGAGACCGUAUCUUCAGAAGGAUAUUGAUACCUUAGAGAGGGUUCAGAGAAGGGCUACUAAACUGGUUCAUGGAUUGCGGGAUAAAACUUACCAGGAAAGGUUAAAGGAUCUUAACAUGUAUAGCUUGGAGGAAAGACGAGACAGGGGGGAUAUGAUAGAAACAUUUAAAUAUAUAAAGGAAUCAACACAGUAAAGGAGGAGACUAUAUUUAAAAGAAGAAAAACUACCACAACAAGAGGACAUAGUCUUAAAUUAGAGGGACAAAGGUUUAAAAUUAAUAUCAGGAAGUAUUACUUUACUGAGAGGGUAGUGGAUGCAUGGAAUAGCCUUCCAGCUGAAGUGGUAGAGGUUAACACAGUAAAGGAGUUUAAGCAUGCGUGGGAUAGGCAUAAGGCUAUCCUAACUAUAAGAUAAGGCCAGGGACUAAUGAAAGUAUUUAGAAAAUUGGGCAGUCUAGAUGGGCCGAAUGGUUCUUAUCUGCCGUCACAUUCUGUGUUUGGGAAUGGAUCGUAUUGUUAUAUAUUUUAUUCUACUCAAUAUGAUUAUCUUUUCUUUUCUCCUCUAUGAAUAAGAGGUAUCUAGUACAUUGACUGUCCUAUUAUCUAAAACCUAAAUAUUGAACGUUUUAUUUUUCUUUCUCUUUCAACAUAAAUGUGUUCAUACCCUUAGUAUGCAAGCACAUAAUGCAAGCAGGCGGCCGGGCUGACGGCAAUAUCCAGUGUGGCAAUAUUUACUUAUCGGGCCUGUUGAGAAACCUGUUAAAGGUAUAGCAGAUAAUUGCUCUGAGAUUUCACACAGACACUUAUCUCAUGUUUGUUAGUUCAUGUCAUUUACUGCAUAUAUUAUUAUCAUUCAUUAUAAGCUUCACUGAGCAAACCUUGGCAUAUGGGCACACAUAGCUGUCUGCAGAUCCAGGGAACAUAUAUAUAUACCAGCAGUAUGCAGUGAUGCUUUAUAUUGAAAUAUUAUACAUAUUAAAAUAACACGUUUUCAAUAGUUUCCGGUCUGCUUCCCCUUGUCUUGGACAGUGUAAAAUAUUGCAGCUUCUAUGAAAUCAGUGUUUACAUUUGCCUAAAAACUUCACUAAAGUUCUUAGAUUGUCAGAGAUCUUCAUAUUGACAUCAUCACACGGGAGCCAUCGUCACAUUGACAUCAUCACACGGGAGCCAUCGUCACAUUGACAUCAUCACACAGGAGCCAUCGUCACAUUGACGACAUCACACGGGAGCCAUCGUCACAUUGACAUCAUCACAAGGGAGCCAUAGUCGCAUUGAUGACAUCACAUGGGAGCCAUCGUCACAUUGACAUCACAAAGGUGCUAUCUUCACAUUGACAUCAUCACCCGGGAGCCAUCUACAAUAAAAAAGGAACACUCUCUUAUGUCCAUGCUCUGGUGGCAGAAAAGGAACUGAACGAUUAGUAGUGUCUCCUUAUUGAUUCAUGCUCUAUCAUUGUCUAGUAAUGAUUACUAGAGAAGUAUUUCCAUACCACUGGUUCACGCUCUGCUCGAGGUGUUGGAGGAGCAGUAUGGCGAGUACUGGUGCAGUGUUUGUGUCACUGGUUCACGCUCUGCUCGAGGUGUUGGAGGAGCAGUAUGGCGAGUACUGGUGCCGUGUUUGUGUCACUGGUUCACGCUCUGCUCGUGGUGUUGGAGGAGCAGUAUGGCGAGUACUGGUGCAGUGUUUGUGUCACUGGUUCACGCACUGCUCGUGGUGUUGGAGGAGCAGUAUGGCGAGUACUGGUGCAGUGUUUGUGUCACUGGUUCACGCUCUGCUCGUGGUGUUGGAGGAGCAGUAUGGCGAGUACUGGUGCAGUGUUUGUGUCACUGGUUCACGCUCUGCUCGUGGUGUUGGAGGAGCAGUAUGGCGAGUACUGGUGCAGUGUUUGUGUCACUGGUUCACGCACUGCUCGUGGUGUUGGAGGAGCAGUAUGGCGAGUACUGGUGCAGUGUUUGUGUCACUGGUUCACGCACUGCUCGUGGUGUUGGAGGAGCAGUAUGGCGAGUACUGGUGCAGUGUUUGUGUCACUGGUUCACGCUCUGCUCGUGGUGUUUCCAUGUAUCCACUAUAAUAUCCAAAUAAUCUGCAAAUGUUUCCAAGUGAAAUUCUGCUCCAAAUCGAAAAAAAUAAAAUAAAUUUGCGACUCCACGGUGUAUGGAUGAUUUGAUUUUUUUUUGCUAUUCGUGUCUUUUUAAUACCUUUUUUUUUUUUCUGAAGAGCCUCUGCAUAGAUGAGAAAUGAUGGAACUACAGACAUUGCAUCUUCGGAGGUGAUUCUCCACGCUUCACUUUUUGACUAUAAUUUGCCUUUAAACAACCAAUUAAAGUAUUUUUUGCAAACAAAAGAACGCAUUAGUGAGUGUUAAUAUAACUAUUAGCUCAGCCAUAUAUUCUAUGCCUUUGCCAGUCUAGCCUGAUUAACAAAAUAAUCUAUUUUAAUUGAACCAGCCGUUAUUUGAUUCAUCUAUUUGACUGAUCAGAGCAGCCGUGCUCCCUGCUGGAUUGCUGUAUCAGAAACGGGGUGUUAUUUACAAUGGCACCCCAUAAAUCCAUCGCUGCUCUAAAUCACUGGGAAGCAUUAGCCUGAAGGAAGGCGGCUGUAUGGGCGAGAGUGGGUGCGGGGGGUGUAAGAAGGAAGUGUGACAAAAAUUGAAAAUUGGAUAAAAAAAAAACCCUAAAUGAAUAAUGUCAUAUUACUAAAAAGAUGAGGGGGUAAUUUGUGCUGACUUUUUUGCUAAUUUUACUCAAGCCUCAGAAUAAGGGGCUGUCACCCUUUCUGUGCAUGAGUCCUGACAGAGGCAAUGAUCCGUGAAAUAGCCUGCCUCUGGCUUUGUUCUGAUAAGAAUGAACAAAUCCUCGCUGGUGGAUUCUCAUUUUCAUACUUGCAUGCCGGCUAAAAGAAAUAAGCUGUUUGCUGACUUGAUUAAUCAGACAAUCCAAGGCUUUUUUUGUCUCUUUGAUCUUUAGUCUCCAAGGUAACUUGGCUGUCAUUAACGUUGAGACCAAGUUAAGACAAUCAGGAAUUGUCGGCAUAAUAAAUAUUGUGAUAAAAGAAAAAUUAAAUAGUGAGGCUUUUAUUUUAUGUAUUUAUUUUUUUAACAAUCAUUGUUCUCUAACCAGUCAUCACACCCAAUUCAUUUUGUUUUUAAGGAAAAUUACGGGGGGGGGGGAAUCUAUUUUUAUUUUAUUUUUAAUCUUAAAUAUAAAAUAUUGGACGUUAAUUGUACGAGUGUGUUUGUUUCUCUUUGCCAUCUGUUAGUUCUACUAUAAUUUAUUUAAACCUCAUAAGCCGACCUAAUGUGACCGUCACAUAGACGUAUGUGUGUAUAUAUAAUCAAACAAUUCUGCCUAUAGACUAACAUCCUCAGUCGAAGCAACUGAUAAACUUGGCCGUGUUGUCCGAUUCUAAAUCUGUGCUGACCUGUGAAAACCUCAUAUUUUAGUGUCUGCGUUGUGUUUGGGAAAUCAUCUAUAAAAAGUCUGACAAAUUAAAUAAAAAUAGUCUGAUUCUAUUUGCCCUUCUGCAUUAUUCAUAUUUCUAUAUUUUUAUCUUCUUUAAAAAUUGUGUGAAAAUUGACAAUUGAAAGUGCUUUUGCCUUAUUUUAUUUUUUAUUUCUUACUAGCUAACGGCCAAUAUUUUCCCCCUAAACGUCUCACUCUUCUGGCCUAAGUAUAUUUAUCUCUAGGUAUACGUAGCGUGUAGAUUUAUGCUCGCACAGCAGAGUUUAAAUAUAUGUAAAAACGGAAGCUGUUGUUAUUCGAAGAAAAAAAAGAAAAUCUGAUAUAUUUCAAGGUUACAUUAUUAUGUCUGUUUUUACUGUCCAAGAUGAUUUACACACUUUAAACCUGUAAAAUUGAAAGGAAUUUAAAGAAGGACUAAAAAGCCAGAAAUUCGCCUGUGUAUUGGCUGGAGGUUGUGCCGGAGCUUUUAGAAAUCUUCUAAGUGGCUCUAAAGAUGAUCGCCUCUAGGGAACCGUCAGGCCUGGCUUCUGGAACCAGCUAAAACCCUUAUCUUAAAUCCAAGCAAAGUACCAUUAAUCUUUCUGAAAGACCUUUUUAUGGCUUUUAAUAUAGCCCAAAUUAGAACAUUUUACACCCUUGGUUCCUGAAAUAUAGCGAUAAAAAGCCUUUAGAGCUUACUUUUCUUGACUGCGUGCUCGGACCAAUUUCCAGUUCUGUGCGAUAAUGUUUAGACACCUUAAUUAAAAUGCAGAAAAAUACAGGAUGUUCCAUUUGAAAAGUGCUGGGGCUUUUCUACAAAAGAAUUGGUUGUAUUCUGUUUGUUUAUAUCUUUGGAGAGUGUAAAAGUGCAGAUAUAUAUAUAUUGACAUACGUGUCAGCCUUUAUGUCACUGAAGGGGUAAUGUGACCACAGUUGGGCUUUCAUAGUCGGAGUGCAAAGAUGGGGGGGGGCUCUUUUGCAUAUUUACUGUGAUGGAUCAAUUAUGGGUUUCAUUCGGAUUUCUUGGUAAUAGCACAUUCUUCCUGUAUGUACCAGGGAAUGGCGAAUCCCAGGAGCUAGGGAGCCUAGAUGAAAUGUCCCUUACAUAUAAGCCUACAUCCAAGUAUAAUGCGUCUGCAGACAUGUUUUUACUUAACCUGAGGGGAAGUCAGGACACUCCUAUCACCAUUACCGCUACAGCAAGCUUUUUGGAGUUUUACUUCAGAUUUUAAAUAAAGGUAGAUAUUAGUGUGAUUGUUCUGAUAUUUGCCUGUCCAUGUUUGUCUCUUUGUAAGUUACGUUGAAGAGUCUUUUAUAAAGGAUGCAAUAAACUUUGCUUUUAUACAUCAUAGAUUGUAAGCUCUUUUGAACAGGGCCUUGUUCACCUCUUGUCUCUGUUUAAUAGUAUGUAUGGUAAUUACUUGUUAUCAAAAAUCUCCAUUCUAUAAUUAUAGAGCACUGUCGAAUAUAAAUAAGAAUAAGCUUUCUGGUGAGUGCUAGUUUAUGUCUUUUGGGGGCUGAAAGUAUGGAAGCUCUGUGUGACUGAGAGGUUUUCUUCCUAGCACCCUUUUAACAAUAGUGAAAUUGUUUGCUCACAAGUCCUGGUUUUCUAUUUGCUAAAAUAAUUUUUUUGUUAUACCAAGAAAUUGAUUAGUUUUCAUACCAAGUAAGAAUCUUCCAGCCAUUCUUGCCGUGCUUCUGACAUCCUCUAUCACAGCAGAAUAGCAGAACACGUUGCUGACUUUACCGAUUAAAGGGCACACUACAGGCUGGCUGUUACCCCUAUUGUUCUCAAUGAACUACGCAUUUUCCCAAAAAGGUACUUUCUUGUGUUUGCAAGCUUCAAUCUUUGUUGGAGGUGGCUCAGCUAGCCAGCAGGGUCUCGUUCUCUUCCGUGGAGUCUACAUGGGUAGAACGUUUGGCCGGAGGUCUUCUGAAUAUGGAAUUUAUGCUGGAGCUCAUAGCAGCUGGUCUGUGACUGCUUUCAGCUUUACCAUAAAUACACAGUUCUAUUUUGUUUGUUUUUUUCAAUGGGGGAAAAAAGUGCAUGUUUAAACUUUAGUAAUAUUUAUAUCUAUAUGUAUGUGGCUUGGCUGCACUUUCCAUGUUUAACGUUUUUAUUUUUUUGUAAAGAUGGCUGUGAAGGUUACUAAAGCUGUGUCCAGCUACAAAUAUCUACAAACCAAAGAAAAGGAGGAGGCCUCUCAAGGCAGUCGACAGAAAAAGAAAAACCUUGGUUGGGGGUGAGUAACAUGGAUGAAAGCAGGCAGCACGGCAUAGUGUUAUGAGUAAAAUAAAUAGGCAGAUUGAACAAGGUUUUCCCAUAACUUCACACACAGCCAUUUCUCAUACCAGGCCAGGAGAGUAUCCAAAUUGACACGCUAGGAACGGCCAUGCAUUACUCGCUCCAACAAUCAUAAAUAGGUGGGAGUGAAGCAGAGCUGGAGGAGAGAGUAGAGUGCUGCCCUUUAGGAGAGAGCGAGAGACAGGUAUGUAAGCUAGAGGCUACUCUGGGAGGCCAUGAGCUUUCCUAAAGAGAUGGGUUAAGGCACUACUUAAAUGAUUGAAGAUUAGGGGAGAGCCUGAUGGCGGUAGGCAGGCUAUUCCAUAGGAAAGGAGCCGCCCGCGAGAAGUCCUGCAAGCGUUAGUUAGCUGGACGGGUGCGAGUAGUGGACAGGAGAAGGUCACGGGCAGAGCGGAGGUAACGAGAAGGGGCAUAACUAUGGAUCUGUGAAGAGAUAUAAGAGGGAUUAGAAUUGUUCAGUGCUUUAUAGGUAUGGGUUAGCACUUUGAAUUGACUCCUAUAGGAUACAGGAAGCCAAUGUUAGGACUGACAGAGGGGUGAGGUGUAAGAGGACCGACUAGAGAGGAAAAUCAGUCUGGCGGCUGCAUUCAUUACAGACUGUAGCUGGGCAAUACUGCUUUUGGGAAGACCAAUUAGGAGAGAGUUACAAUAAUCCAUGCAGGAAAUACUAGAGCAUGGACAAGCUCCUUACUAUCUUGCGUAAGGAAGGGGCAGAUGCAAGCUAUGUUUUUAAGAUGGAGGCAACAUACUGGAUGUGAGGCUCAGAGGUGAGGCCAGAAUCAAGUAUAAUGCCAAGACGGCGAGCUUGCAAAGAUGGACUGAUGUGGAUAGGACUAACUUGAAGGGAGAGGGAAAGAGGAGGAUCAAUAUUAAGAGGAGGAAAGACCAGGAGCUCCGUUUUAGAGAGAUUGAUUUUCAGAAAGCGGGAGGACGUCCAGUCAGCGAUGGAAGAAAGGCAAGCAGUCCGGGGAGGGGAGAUAUAUUUGGGUGUCAUCAGCGUACAGGUGGUAUUGGAAUCCAAAUGAGGUAAUAAAUUUGCCAAGAGAGGCAGUAUAAAGAGAAAAAAGAAGGGGUCCAAGUACAGAGCGUUGGGGGACUCCAGCCGAGACAGGAUGAAGGGAAGAGGUAUCAUUAUAAAAGGAGACAAUGAAUGAGCGUUGGAGGAGAGCCACGAGAGGACAGAGUCAUAGAGAUCGAGUGAUUGACACUGUUGAUCAUGCUCUCCUCCUGCAAACGAUUCAACGGCAGCAGAGAGGUCAAUAAGAAUUAGUAUGGAGUGGUUUCCUUUGUAUUAAGCUGCUAUUAGGUCAUUAGUAACUUUGAUAAGGGCAGUCUCAGUAGAGUGAAGGGGGCAGAAGCCAGAUUGAAGAGGGUCAAGAAGAGAGUUGGUAGUGAGACAUACGAAAUAUGGUACGAUAGAAAGGGAGGACGGUCAAGAGAUUUUUUUAUUUUUUUUUCGGGAUGUGAAAUACAGUGGCAUGUUUAAGGUCAGCAGGGACAACGCCAGAGCAGUUGAAGAUGUGUGUUAAAGAAGGCACAAGAGAAGGGGAGAGAGAUCUGAUAAGAUGGGACAGGAUCAGGCGGGCAAGUGGUGUCGAGAGGACAGGAAAAGCGCAGCCACCUCUUGUUCAGUAGCCGGGGAGAAAGUCUGAAGGAUAGGAAAGGCAUGAUCUACGUAUGUUUGAGAAAGAGAGAGGCAAGGUGUGGAGAAUUCUUUACUUAGUUGUUCAAUUUUGUCGGUAAAGUAGCAUGCAAAGCUAUCGGCUGUAAGGUUAGUUUGGGGGGUGGCCACAGCAGGGCAAAGAAGAGAAUUAAAGGUAUCAAAGAGACGCCUGGGAUUGCAGGAGCAUGAACUAAUGAGAGCGGAAAAGUAUGACUGUUUGGCGAGGGCAAGGGCUGCGCUGUAUGAACACAGUAUGAAUCUAUAAUGGAGAAAGUCUGACUGGGUGCGGGACUUCCUCCAGGAUCGUUCAGCACAACAGGUGCAACUUUGCAGGUAGCGUGUUGAUUUAGUAUGCCAUGCUUGGGGGCGUGAGGGUAGAGUUAUAUGUGGAGAUGGCAAUUAGAAUAAUAUUGUCUCUGCUGCUUAGAAGCGUGUGCUGGUUACUAUUUGUUUCGUUGGAUAAACAACUAAAACAUAUACCACUGUUUUUAUCAGUUGAAGAAUACUACCAUGACGCUACUGCCCAGAAACAAUCUACCCCCUUUGCCAGUCAUCCCCCGAUAGGGACACUCCAGGCUCCCACACACGUUAGAUGCACUGUGUAGGUUAGGUUACAGUUAGUUAUACUGGGUGGGUUUAUAUUAUUAAAGGGACACUCCAGGCUCCCACACAUGUUAGAUGCACUGUGUAGGUUAGGUUACAGUUAGUUAUACUGGGUGGGUUUAUAUUAUUAAAGGGACACUCCAGGCUCCCACACACGUUAGAUGCACUGUGUAGGUUAGGUUACAGUUAUACUGGGUAGGUUUAUAUUAUUAAAGGGACACUCCAGGCUCCCACACACGUUAGGUGCACUGUGUAGGUUAGGUUACAGUUAGUUAUACUGGGUGGGUUUAUAUUAUUAAAGGGACACCCCAGGCUCCCACACACGUUAGAUGCACUGUGUAGGUUAGGUUACAGUUAGUUAUACUGGGUGGGUUUAUAUUAUUAAAGGGACACUCCAGGCUCCCACACACGUUAGGUGCACUGUGUAGGUUAGGUUACAGUUAUACUGGGUGGGUUUAUAUUAUUAAAGGGACACUCCAGGCUCUCACACACAUUAGAUGCACUGUGUAGGUUAGGUUACAGUUAGUUAUAAAAAUAAUAUCAGGAAGUAUUACUUUACUGAGAGGGUAGUGGAUGCAUGGAAUAGCCUUCCAGCUGAAGUGGUAGAGGUUAACACAGUAAAGGAGUUUAAGCAUGCAUGGGAUAGGCAUAAGGCUAUCCUAAGUAUAAGAUAAGGCUAGGAACUAAUGAAAGUUUUUAGAAAAUUGGGCAGACUAGAUGGGCCGAAUGGUUCUUAUCUGCCGUCACAUUCUAUGUUUCUAUGUUUCUAUACUGGGUGGGUUUAUAUUAUUAAAGGGACACUCCAGGCUCCCACACACGUGUAGAUGCACUGUGUAGGUAGGUAGGUUACAGUUAGUUAUACUGGGUGGGUUUAUAUUAUUAAAGGGACACUCCAGGCUCCCACACACGUUAGAUGCACUGUGUAGGUUAGGUUACAGUUAGUUAUACUGGGUGGGUUUAUAUUAUUAAAGGGACACUCCAGGCUCCCACACACGUUAGAUGCACUGUGUAGGUUAGGUUACAGUUAGUUAUACUGGGUGGGUUUAUAUUAUUAAAGGGACACUCCAGGCUCCCACACACGUUAGAUGCACUGUGUAGGUUAGGUUACAGUUAGUUAUAUUGGGUGGGUUUAUAUUAUUAAAGGGACACUCCAGGCUCCCACACACGUUAGAUGCACUGUGUAGGUUAGGUUACAGUUAGUUACACCGGGUGGGUUUAUAUUAUUAAUGGGACACUCCAGGCUCCCACACACGUUAGAUGCACUGUGUAGGUUGGGUUACAGUUAGUUAUACUGGGUGGGUUUAUAUUAUUAAAGGGACACUCCAGGCUCCCACACACGUUAGAUGCACUGUGUAGGUUAGGUUACAGUUAGUUAUACUGGGUGGGUUUAUAUUAUUAAAGGGACACUCCAGGCUCCCACACACGUUAGAUGCACUGUGUAGGUUAGGUUACAGUUAGUUAUACUGGGUGGGUUUAUAUUAUUAAAGGGACACUCCAGGCUCUCACACACGUUACAGUUAGUUAUACUGGGUGGGUUUAUAUUAUUAAAGGGACACUCCAGGCUCCCACACACGUUAGGUGCACUGUGUAGGUUAGGUUACAGUUAGUUAUACUGGGUGGGUUUAUAUUAUUAAAGGGACACUCCAGGCUCCCACACAUUAGAUGCACUGUGUAGGUUAGGUUACAGUUAGUUAUACUGGGUGGGUUUAUAUUAUUAAAGGGACACUCCAGGCUCCCACACACAUUAGAUGCACUGUGUAGGUUAGGUUACAGUUAGUUAUACUGGGUGGGUUUAUAUUAUUAAAGGGACACUCCAGGCUCCCACACACGUUAGGUGCACUGUGUAGGUUAGGUUACAGUUAGUUAUACUGGGUGGGUUUAUAUUAUUAAAGGGACACUCCAGGCUCCCACACGUUAGGUGCACUGUGUAGGUUAGGUUACAGUUAGUUAUACUGGGUGGGUUUAUAUUAUUAAAGGGACACUCCAGGCUCCCACACACGUUAGAUGCACUGUGUAGGUUAGGUUACAGUUAGUUAUACUGGGUGGGUUUAUAUUAUUAAAGGGACACUCCAGGCUCCCACACACGUUAGAUGCACUGUGUAGGUUAGGUUACAGUUAGUUAUACUGGGUGGGUUUAUAUUAUUAAAGGGACACUCCAGGCUCCCACACACGUUAGAUGCACUGUGUAGGUUAGCUUACAGUUAGUUAUACUGGGUGGGUUUAUAUUAUUAAAGGGACACUCCAGGCUCCCACACACGUUAGAUGCACUGUGUAGGUUAGGUUACAGUUAGUUAUACUGGGUGGGUUUAUAUUAUUAAAGGGACACUCCAGGCUCCCACGCACGUUGGAUGCACUGUGUAGGUGCACUUGGGUUUAUAUUAUUAAAGGGACACUCCAGGUUAGAUGCACUGUGUAGGAUAGGUUACAGUUAGUUAUACUGGGUGGGUUUAUAUUAUUAAAGGGACACUCCAGGCUCCCACACACGUUAGGUGCACUGUGUAGGUUAGGUUACAGUUAGUUAUACUGGGUGGGUUUAUAUUAUUAAAGGGACACUCCAGGCUCCCACACACGUUAGAUGCACUGUGUAGGUUAGGUUACAGUUAGUUAUACUGGGUGGGUUUAUAUUAUUAAAGGGACACUCCAGGCACCCACACACGUUAGAUGCACUGUGUAGGUUAGGUUAUAGUUAGUUAUACUGGGUGGGUUUAUAUUAUUAAAGGGACACUCCAGGCUACACACGUUAGAUGCACUGUGUUGGUUAGGUUACAGUUAGUUAUACUGGGUGGGUUUAUAUUAUUAAAGGGACACUCCAGGCUCCCACACACGUUAGAUGCACUGUGUAGGUUGGGUUACAGUUAGUUAUACUGGAUGGGUUUAUAUCAUUAAAGGGACACUCCAGGCUCCCACACACGUUAGAUGCACUGUGUAGGUUAGGUUACAGUUAGUUAUACUGGGUGGGUUUAUAUUAUUAAAGGGACACUCCAGGCUCCCACACCCGUUAGAUGCACUGUGUAGGUUAGGUUACAGUUAGUUAUACUGGGUGGGUUUAUAUUAUUAAAGGGACACUCCAGGCUCCCACACACGUUAGGUGCACUGUGUAGGUUAGGUUAUAGUUAGUUAUACUGGGUGGGUUUAUAUUAUUAAAAGGGACACUCCAGGCUCCCACACACGUUGGGUGCACUGUGUAGGUUAGGUUACAGUUAGUUAUACUGGGUGGGUUUAUAUUAUUAAAGGGACACUCCAGGCUCCCACACGUUAGGUGCACUAUGUAGGUUAGGUUACAGUUAGUUAUACUGGGUGGGUUUAUAUUAUUAAAGGGACACUCCAGGCUCCCACACACGUUAGGUGCACUGUGUAGGUUAGGUUACAGUUAGUUAUACUGGGUGGGUUUAUAUUAUUAAAGGGACACUCCAGGCUCCCACACACGUUAGAUGCACUGUGUAGGUUAGGUUACAGUUAGUUAUACUGGGUGGGUUUAUAUUCUUAAAGGGACACUCCAGGCUCCCACACACGUUAGAUGCACUGUAUACGUUAAGUUACAGUUAGUUACGUAUUUGACUUUGUGCAUAUAAUUAAGUAUUUUAAAAUGACUCCAGCCUGGAUUAUUUGUUAAAAUCAUGUUUUAUGUAUCUCUGCUGCUUUUAUUGGUUCCAUGAAGUUUUUAAGUUUAACGAAUUUGAACAUUUGAAAUAUAUAUGUAGGUAACUGUAUUAAUUACGGUUUUUCUUUGGUAUUUUCAGAUUUGAAGCUAAGAAAAGAUGGGAGACAAAAAGCAACAUGGGUUAUAUGUAAUAAGAUCAAAUGUAGUUCCAUGUUAAACCACACAAAUCACAGGACAUGUGCUUUUCUACAAUUACUGGACCAAGUCUUCUAAUCCACCAAUCGAUGCUAUUUAUGGGAGCAUUUUAUGCUGUGACAAAGACAGUGUUUACAGUCCCCUAUAAGGAAAAGAAAAGUAGAUUCUGUUUCUAACUGGACCUGAUAUCGCGUAUUGUCCUACCCCUGAGUGCCAUGUAUCAUUCAUACUGGGCACAGCUGGCUCAGUCAUCGCAAUGGGAAAUACUCAUUCAGAAUCAUGGCUGCCAUAAUAUUGUAGCGGAAAUAUUACUCCGUCAUUGUUCGUCUGGUGGCCAAAGUCUUUGUAUCUGUUUUAUUCCAUUGCAAACCUAAUUGGAUAUAAGAAUAUGGCUUUUUAUUUAAAAAGAAAAUAUAUGUUUAAGGGGAUUACUUUCUGAGAUUGGGACCUUGGGAAGCUGUAUACUUAUAAGUGGUUUUAUUUUUUUUAAUAUAUAAAUUUCUGGGUGUGUAAAGGUUGCAUAUACGUUAUGUAAAAAGUCCUACAAUUCAAUUUACAAAAUAUUUCCUCCUACUCCCUCAUAUUGCAUCUAAUACACACACGCACAUCUUUAAAGUCGUCAGCUGUUAUUCAGAAGGGGAAGGGUUUGUAGAACACUGAGAAAUCCUGGACAUGUGUUAGAAGUAAUGGUUCGAGUAGACAACUUCCGGAUUAAACCCAUGAUCAUCCAAUUUACAAUAAAUAAAAAAAAAAAAUCAUAUUUAUUUUGUCCGUCAGAUGUACAUAUGUAUAAUGUGUACUUAUAACUUAAAGGAACACUAUAGGGUCAGUAACACAAAUGUAUUCCUGACCUUAUAAUGCUAAAACCACCCUCUAGUCCCUAUUACCCCCCUAAAUAUAUGAAAAAUAUUACUUGCAUUCAAGUCUGCAGCUGCUGCCUUUGCCCCUGACCUGCCUGCUGACAUCAUCAGGAGUAAUUCUCUUAGCCAAUCACAAUGCUUUCCCAUAGGAAUGGCUGAGACUGUCAAGGAAGCAGAUUGGGGCAGAGCCAGCACAAGUCAAACACAGCCCUGGCCAAUCAGCUUCUCCUCAUAGAGAUACGUUGAAUCAAUGCCUCUCUAUGAGGAAUGUUCAGUGUCUCCAUGAGGAGGGUGGAGACGCUGAAUGUCAGUCAUACAAAGUAACUUUGUUAAUCAGGUAUUUGUGUUGCAGUGUGCAGAUUAUGGUGUAACAGAUUUGUAACCUGCAGUAAGAGUUGAAUUUGCUGUCAUUUUGGAAUACAGAAACAUGAUUGAAAUGGUUAGUGCCCACUAAAUACUGUAGCGAGGGCAAAACCUGAGAUUCCCAUUUCAUAGGGACUCGCAUCCUUAUUCUCUCACCCUUCAUCCCGCUUCACUGUGUGUUGGAGCCGAUGGAUGCUGCAGUCAGGAGACAGGUCUGAGCUCCAGAUGAGAAGUUAGGGCCAGAGCUGGGUCGAAGCUGAAGGUACAGGGGAUCUUUUAUAAUGUAUUUUAGUUUCAUUGUCAACACUGCGAGGUGUAUUAAUAACAGAGAAUAAGCUUAUGGAUGCCAUGAUCAUUUCAAUGAAAGAACAAAAUAAAACAGUCCUAUGGGUCACAUUUAUUGCUCAGUUAAUCAAAGUAUGACUGAGUAUAUAAGCACAUCUUAUGUGAAAGCAGAAUCCUUGUGGUCCCCAUCAAAAUAAUGACCAG